UAGAAAGAAUGAGAAAGACAGACAGCACAGUCCCACCCACCCCAUCUCUGCUCUGUGCUAACUAAUCCUGCACCCUUCAGAUUUCUUCAGACUAUCCCAGAGACUGAAGCUCUCUCCUCUCUUGUCCCAAGGUAGCACAAUGAGAGUCUGGAUCUUCUUCGUCUUGUGCCUGGCUGGCAAAGCACUAGCUGCACCUCAGCAACAGGAUGCUUUGCCAGAAGAGGAAGAGGUGAUAGAAGAUGUUGUGACUGAGGAGACAGUAGUGGGAGCAAACCCCGUGCAAGUAGAAGUUGGAGAGUUUGAUGAGGCAAUAGAUGAGGAAGAGGAACCCACCACACCUGAAAACCCUUGCCUGAACCACCACUGCAAGCAUGGAAAGGUGUGCGAAGUAGAUGAGAGCAACACCCCAAUGUGUGUGUGCCAAGACCCAUCAACCUGCCCUGCAAGUGUAGGCGAGUUUGAGAAGGUGGGCUGCCCAGCACCUUCUAAGUACACCCCAAAAAGCCCUGAUACCCCAAUAUCCCCAAACAUCACAGGCAGUAUCCUGCAUAAACGACAAAUCAAACAACAUUUUUAUAAUUUUUUUUUUUUUUUUUUUUUUACAGUCAUUGCUCCCUGCGUCGAUUCUGAGUUGAACGAAUUCCCUCUGCGUAUGCGUGACUGGCUUAAGAACGUCCUGGUCAGCCUGUAUGAGCGUGAUGAGGACAACAAUUUACUCAACGAGAAACAAAAGUUGAGGGUGAAGAAGAUUCAUGAGAACGAGAAGCGCCUUGAAGCUGGAGACCACUCCAUGGAGCUGCUGGCACGUGACUUCGAGAAGAACUACAACAUGUACAUUUUCCCCGUGCACUGGCAAUUUGGACAGCUGGACCAGCACCCCAUUGAUGGAUACCUUUCCCACACUGAGCUGUCUCCUCUCCGCGCUCCUCUUAUCCCCAUGGAGCACUGCACCACUCGUUUCUUCGAGGAAUGUGAUAUCGACAAUGACAAAUACAUUGCUUUGGAUGAAUGGGCCAAGUGCUUUGGAAUCAAGGAGCAGGAUGUUGAUGAGAACAUAAUCGUCUAAGCGACACCAGUGGAUUUUUGUCUCAUCCGAAAUUAUUUGUGUAAUAUUUUAUUUUUUAUCUCCUCUUUCACAUUCUAGUUGUAAUAUUUGUCUCUCGGGGGGUUGGGCGGCAAAACAAAAAAAAAAUUGGUGCUAACUUUAGAACAGAUUCUAUUAACGGUGCUGAGACCAACGCAACAAGACACAUUAACGCUUGGAGGAGAUGACAGAGUGUCACCACUAGCUCGGGAAAUCCAUUGUUUGACCAGAUCGAGUUUCUAUCUUUCACUCUUUUCUAAUAUUUCCAUCUGUUCAACUCCUGAUUUCCAACUCUUUUUUUUUUUUUUCCCUCCUAAGAACAAAGAUGAAUAGAGCGGCUUACAAUGCUUGCUUCAAACCUGUUGUUGUUCUCACUCUAUUCCAUGGCUACCUUCAAAUGGAAUGUUAAAGCAGGACUUUAACCCCUUCUCUGCUGGAGUAGCCCCCAAUGUUUUGCCGAGAGACUCUAGCAAUGAAGGGGUUAACCCCUGACUGGUAUGCAGGGGCGGGCGGGUGGUGGGAUUUGAUAUGCCAUGGGGCAUUCUUCCAUACAGUUUGCUGUGGGGAGGCUCCAUCAAGCACAAGAGUGGCUCCCCUGGAAUGUCAAUGUUGAUUUAGAGAGUUUGGCAUAACAAUCGAAAAUGAGGCUCCUUAAAGAAUAAAACAUUGAAAAGUA